AUGAUGAUAGACGACACACCCAACUGGUUGGGUGGACCUUUGACUGAUGAAGUCUUAUCACAAUCACAAGAUCAAAAAGAUCAACAAAAGCAUCAUCAUCAACGUCAAAGCAGCGCAAUGGAAAGUAUGCUAUUUGAUCAAGAACGCGAAAAAAUGAUGCAAUACGAGGCAAUGAUGCCUUAUCGUCGACAUUCGCUUGCACAUCAUGAAUCACUCCUGCAGCACAAGACAUCCACUACAGCAACAUCAUCGCUACUCUCGUCCUCUGGAGGACCAUGGUUAAGCGAAAAACGAGCAUCCUUCUCUUCAGCUGCAUCCUUUUCAAGCCAAAUUGAUCCAUUUGGUGUAUGGUCACCUAAAAAGAUGCCUUCCUUGUGGGAAUCAAACACGAGUAACAACAACAACAACAACAACAACUAUUCAACUUCCCCUGCCCCUACCUCGUCAUCAUCAUCAUGCUCCCCUCCUUCCCCACCAGGCAUAGUAUCAUCACCAUCAUCAUCCCUAUUCCAACAACCACCAUCAUCAUCACAAUUCUCGCAGUAUCGUUUUCCACUUGGUGGUGGUGGUAUGGAUCAUUGUGCUCCACCUUCAGCUGAUAUGCGAUUGGGUCGUCGUUUGUCAUUAGCACCACCCAAUACGACCACACCGAAUCAGGACAUGAUGCAUUAUGCAAAGUCGCGUGACAUGCUUUCAAGUGUACCUGAAGAACCCGGCUUGUUGCCAUACCGACGCCAUUCAUUAGCUGGACCGUUGUUGGGUGUGUCUCGUAACUUGGAUGAGCAACGACAACAGCAACGGCAGCUAGAUAAGUUUUUGCCAAGCAAUUUAUUGACAUCGGAUACGAUUAUGGAAGGUGAAGCCACCACUGUUGGGCAUCAUCAUCAUCAACAAGGUGAUAUGUGGUGCAUGGUUGAAUUCAAAGCCGGUCGAUCCGAGAUCUACUGCAGCUCGAUUCCAGUGGAAAAAGAUGAUUGGGUCAUUGUGGAAGCGGAUCGUGGCCGUGAUCUAGGCAAAGUGGUGGCUAGAGACCUACCAGUGGACCAAGUUGUGCUCUUGAUGCAACAACAACAAGCUUCCUCUUGGGAUCAUUCUCAAUCCGAUAACACAAACAAUGGUACAAACGCUCCACCAUCCACGCCUAAACGUAUCGUACGCCUUGCCAGUGCUGCCGAAAUCACUUUGUUAGUGACCAAACGACAAGAUGAGCAAAAGGCUCUUUUAAUCUGCCAAACAAAAAGCAAACAAAAGAAACUCAUGAUGGAUAUCGUCGACGCUGAAUACCAAUGGGAUCGUCGCAAGUUGACAUUUUACUUUGUUGCAGAGCGUCGUGUUGAUUUCCGAGAAUUAGUGCGAGACCUCUUCCGCAUCUACAAAACACGCAUAUGGAUGUGCUCUGUCAAUACCGUGGGUAAAAAACCUCCCAUGUAG